AUGCUUGUGCCUGAGAUUCCUGCCACAAAGUCCAAGCAUUUUAAACCUUGGAUACAUGGAAAAAUUUCUAGACAACAUGAGAAUGUCAUCCAGAGGUAAAACUAAUACUGUUGGUAACCUACAACGUCUCAGCAGCUGCUUGCCCCCUUCUGGUCCAUCCUUUUCCUCAAGGUAUUCACCCCUAGGGAAAAGCUGAAUUUGUGUGGCUUUACAAUGGUUGUGUUUAAAAGGGUUUUAAAACCCCACGCUUCUCUAGCGAGAUGAAAUGCCUACAUGGUUCCUGCUCCGUGAUGUUGUCAGUAAUUUGGGAUCUUAAAACACUUUGUGACGCACAGUCUGUAGUUAGUCUAAGUGGGGGAAUCGCCUGCCACUUUCUUAUCUGUAAAGAGCAAUUUCUGGAUAAGAGUUUGAACAAGAGGUGUUUUGGUGUUCUGGGAUGUUAAACUGGAGGCGGGAGGGCUGCAGAGAGUGCAACUCAGCAAAAUCCACAAGGGGUUUUCCAGGGAAAGGGGAAAUGCUGCUGGAAGAGGUUCAGAGAUCAAGUGGCUCAGUGCUUUCUCCUGAGGCAGCAGAUGGGGUGGUUUGGGCUUUUGGAAGUGAAUAAAUCCUCCUACAGGGCCACUUUAUCAUAGUGUCACUUCCCUCCCGAGCCCUUUCCUCUGUUCCCCAAUCUCAUUUGCACAAAAGAGAGAACAGGCUCUGGCCUUUUAGCUCUGGCAUUAUGCCACGAUCCAGCCUUUUCCAGCCUGUUUGUGUGCUGUUUUCCAUUCAAGCUGGGGUCAGAGCAUAGACAUUCAGCAGGGUUUUCCUUAGCUGGGGAAGGCAAUAGUUGCACAGCUUUGAGAAUCACUGGCAGUAACGUUAAUCAAGAUUGAGGUUUAAUAUCUUUUUAACUGCUUUUAGAACUGUUGGAGUGAAGCAUGCACAGCACCAGCUUGAGGCAGGCUUUAGCCUAAAGUUGCAUGAGAAGUCACACUACAGGAAAAGCCCUCACUGUAGAAAAGCAAUGGAGGAACCGAUUCCCAUCCCUUCCCUUGCGCAUCUGUGGGCAAUGUGAGAACCCGCUGCUAACCACAAGUGGUUUGAGCUGGGAGCCCCGUUCCCGGGCGGUGGAGCAGGUUCAUCUGCGCUGCACUGAGGGUUCCCUGGAGUGGAUGUACCCAGCACGAGCCCUGCGCGUCCUUCUGGAGCCCAACCUCUCCAGUGCCCACCACACCACUGUCUGCAUCAAGCCCGCCAGUGACUUCCAGGGUGCCAGCAUCUAUGUGGAACGUGCUGGGCAGCUGCAUCUGGUGGCCAGCCCGCAGAGGGACAUCAGCCGCCGGAUGGCCAGCUUCCAGUAUGAGCUGCUGAGCAACCAGAGCGCUGCGAGCCCCGACUUCAAAAAGAUGGCACUGGUCGAAGCUAUGUGCCGUCCUUGUGACAACAUGGAGCUCCUCAUGGCCAUUUGCAGCAGUGACUUUGUGGUGAAAGGAUCUAUCCGAAAUGUUUCCCACGAUUCAGAGAACCACAUGUCACAGGUUGAUGUCAGCGUCCACAAAGUCUACAGGCAGAAAAACAGGAUUUUCCAGCAGGAUGAAGCAAGUGGUGAAUGGCGAGGCCCUAUCCGGACCCUGCUGCAAUGCAAGGUGAAGAAGGGAGGUGGAGAUUUCCUUUUCACUGGAAAUGAACACUUUGGUGAAGCUUGGCUGAGCUGUGCUCCUCGGUUUAAAGAUUUCAUGUUCAUUUACUGGGCUGCAAGGGAAAGAGGAGCCAACCCAUGUGAGUUCCAGCUCAACUGAAGAGAGUGACACCAGAGUUGAGGCUUCAGAAAUUUCAGCCCAGUUUUUGAUACUGAGUCUGAAGUAGAUUACACCCAAGGACUAAAUCUAACAAUUUCAUCAAAACUGGGGCCUGGAGAACCUCCUGAAGAUAAUGGCUCUGUGAGCUCUGUAAACUUUGACUUUUAGUCCACAUUUUUUAGUUUCUUUUUUGCAUCUUCUUGGCAUCACAAAGUAACUCUGAUUUUUGAAAAGGUUGUCUUUUGUUGUGGUUAGAAAGCAGCCUGUGCUCCGUAUCAUAAAAUUCUCUCAACAUCUUUUGCUCCGUGUACAUGCUAUGUGCUUUUUCUCUAGAUUUUUUUUUCUCUUUUACCCCAUAUCUACUUGUUU